AAAAUAGUAUUAAAUAUUGAAUGCAUUGAAUGCAUUGAAUCCAUUGAAUCCAUUGAAUCCAUUGAAUCCAUUGAAUCCAUUGAAUCCAUUGCACGAAAUGAAAACGAUUUGACACGAAGUGACAAAACAAGACAUUAAUGAUGACAUCCAACGAUUCCCGUCUUAUCUGUGAUUCAAAGUUUUGGGACAAUCAGGCGUUUUGGUGGACAACGACUCCCCGACUGACCGAUUGUUUCCGACAGACUGUUCUUCUGGCGGUCGCGCCGUUGGUCUUGAUUUUGUUGACGCCUUUUGACUUUCGCUAUAUUUGCAGCAAAAUGACCACUCAGUCUAUCCCAUGGCGGGCCAGAAAUGUUUGUGCGGCGAUCCUUAAUUUAAUCUUAAUAUCGAUUAGCUUUUGGCAUAUGAUUCGCUCGGUUUGGAAGGACGUCGACUUCUGGAGCACAGUAUUUGAACCGUUUAUCGACUUUAUUGGUCUAUCAUUGGCCUACAUAUUGCUUAUCAUUUAUCGCCGAUACGGACGACGAAUAUCAAUAGCGUUAGAAAUGUUUUGGUUGACCACAAGUAUAGUGUCUAUAAUACGUGUUUAUCUCGAGUACAUUCUCGAUGAUCAACACAUAAUCCACAGCCGACACCAUAUAUCUUCACUUAUCAUAUACUGUGUAUACAUAUCGGUGGCAAUCAUACUGUUUCUAUUGUCUUUGGUCACCGAUGAGCCAUCAGAUACACAUCCAAUACUGUUAACUACCGGUAAUCAUAACAUUCCUCACUACUGUCCUCUUGAAAAUGAGUCGUUUGUGUCUCGGAUAACAUUUCUAUGGAUUGGAGCACUUCUUAGACGAGGCUUUAAAAGUAAAAUUGGAUUCAAAGAUUUGUUCAGAAUUUGUCACUCAAUUAAAGCUAAAUAUAUCACAAAAGAGUUUGUUAAAUAUGAUUAUGAAUACAAUCGUCGAUUUAUUAGUACAGAGAGUCGAGUUUAUCGGAAACCCAUACGCAUACUACCGGUUCUGUGGACACUAAGCUAUAAGCGUAUCAUAUUUGCCAGUCUAUUGAUAAUCAUUUACAUCCCAGCACUUUAUGGACAGCCAUAUAUGAUGAAUAAAAUAUUAGAUUUUUUAAAUAAUCCAAAUGAGCUCUUAUGGCACGGAAUAGUAUUUUCGGUGAUAUACGCGGCACUGAUUUCCAUAUCAUUGGCCAGUCAGUUGCAUAUAGCAUCCAUCAUUGAAAACGUUGCCAUCAGAUGUAAAUCAGCGCUUAUUUCAGCUGUUUAUCGGAAAAUAUUUCGCUUAAGUUAUGCCUCGAGAGGCAAAUACACUUCGGGAGAGAUAAUCAACUUAAUGGCUGGAGAUUGUCAACAAGUUUUCGAGUUUAUCAAGUUCUCCAUGAAUUUGUUGAUUAUACCGCUUAAUGUAGGCAUUGGUUUCUACUUUUUAUGGCAAUACCUGGCAAUGGCAUCGUUAGGUUUGGUAGCCGUUAUGUUAAUCGUUAUUCCUAUUAAUGUUUUAUUGGGACACAAGUUGAAUGUCAUACAAAAGAAACACAUGACAAUCAAAGACAAACGUUUGUCACAAAUCAAUCAAAUAAUAAACACAAUUAAAGUGAUUAAACUGAAUGCUUGGGAAGAGUUUUUCAUUAGUAAAGUCGUCCGUUUGAGAGACGAAGAACUUAGUGCCCAAAAACAGAUGGCUAUUAUCUAUGCAUUCAUUGUAUUGCUUUGGUUGAUGUCACCCGUCCUGACAGCCGGAGCCUGUUUUAUGGUCUAUGCCAUCACUGAAUAUUCACAUUUUGACACAAAAAGGAUAUUUGUAUCGCUGGCCAUAAUGAAUAUACUGCAGAAUCCAAUGAAUAACAUUCCAUCUCUUAUCACUAAAUUAAUUGCUGCCAUCGUUUCAUUAAAAAGAUUAUCAAAGUUCUUGAGCGCAGAAGAGCUCAACGAGAAAUCUGUGAUAAGAAAUAAAAAAGAUAACACAUCCAGUAUUAACAUACAAAAUGCAACUUUUAGUUAUGGUUUAAAUCAUAUACCGGUUCUCAAUGAUCUAACUUUUGAUGUUAAAAAAGGCCUUUUGGUUGCCAUUAUUGGUGAAGUGGGUGCCGGUAAAUCAUCUCUAUUAUCAUCACUAGUCGGUGUUUUAUAUAAAAUCAGUGGCAAUAUUAAAGUUAAUGGAAGUAUAGCAUAUGUACCGCAAAGAGCUUGGAUUAGGAAUACCUCAAUAAAAAACAAUAUCCUCUUUACCUGUGAUGAGGAAGAAAUUCGUUAUCAGGAAAUUCUGUCUGCUUGUGCUCUUACGCCUGACUUAACUGUCUUACCUGCCGGUGACCAGACAGUUGUCGGCGAAGGAGGAGUUACUUUAAGUGGUGGACAGAGACAGCGAGUUAGUUUGGCGCGAGCUGUCUAUCAAAACAGUGAUAUCUAUUUAUUGGACGAUCCUCUGUCAGCUGUCGACGCACAAGUCGGCCAUCAAUUGUUUCACGAAGUGAUUUCGUCCAAAGGCUUACUUCGUCAUAAAACUCGUUUAUUAUGCACUCAUAACUUAACCUAUCUUUCAAAUUGUGAUCAAAUUAUAGUUUUACGUGACGGAGAAAUUGUUGGUCAGGGAAACUACACUGAAUUGUCUACAUUGGGACUGUUGUCUCAAAUUUCGUCAUUAAAAGAGGAAAAAUUAAACGAAAAGCCAACUAAAGGGAAGUCAAAAAAACAAAGCAAGAAAUUUCAGAAAAAACAGAGAAAUGUAACAAAAUAUAAUAAUGAAGAGCAAGCAAUUGAAACAAUGUCUUCUCGUAAUGAUUUAGUUGAUACUGAAGCUGAAGAUAACAAUCAUAGAGAAGACAGUAAACCAGAUAUUAAAAGUGAUGAAGAAGCUGUCUAUUUUGGAGCUGUUCUCUGGAAAGAUUAUUUUACAUAUAUAGCCAGUUUAGGAUUUGUAUUGUUUUUUAUGAUAAUAUUGUUUAGAUUUGGAUCAAAUGGUAGCAAUUUUACUAAUAAAUAUUGGUUAUCUAUUUGGACCAACAAUACAAAAAAUGCCGAUUAUAGAGAUCAUAAAUUUAAUUUUAUAAUUUAUGGUUCACUACUGGCUUUCGAAGGGGUAUUCAUUUUAUUAGGAAAUAUAGUGUUAUUUGUGGCCACAAUUAAAGCCUCCCGAAAGCUACAUCUGAAGGCUUUCUAUGGUAUAAUGCGAUCUCCAUUAGCAUUCUUCGACAGAACACCAAUGGGUCGACUCAUGAAUCGGUUUAGUCGUGAUAUUAGAUGUAUUGACCAAAUAAUACCUGAUUUAAUCAUAUCAUAUAUCGACGCCAUAACUCUUUUUAUAAUAUCAUAUGGGCUUAUAGUUUAUACUAACAUGUAUUUAGCAAUAGGAUUGUUGGCUGUUAUCGUAUUGUUUUAUAUGAUUUAUAGGUUUUAUGUACAAACUUCACGCCAAAUGAAGAGACUUGAGGCCAUCAGUAAUAGCCCCCUUCAAAAUCAUUUCUGUGAGACCAUCUCUGGCACUGAUAGUAUCAGAGCUUAUGAUGUUAUAAGAGUUUUUGUAAAUGAAUUGAACAAAGCGGUCGAUUUAUGUCUCAAUUGUUAUUAUCACAUAAUAUCAUUGAACUAUUGGCUUAAAAUUUGGUGCACAAUAUUUGGAUCCAUAUAUACAAUGAUUAUAUCAAUAUUUAUUGUAUGGUUUAGACAUGAUAUACCAUUGAGUUUGGCCGCAUUGCUAUUGGUUUAUAGUGUUAGCUCUAUCGGUGACACUGCAUAUAUCAUUAAAGUCAUGGCUGACUUAGAAACUAAUAUGAUUUCAGUAGAAAGACUUAGAGAGUUAUGUCAAUUAAUUCCGGAAAAGAGUUGGACAGCUCUGAUACAUGAGAGGUCACCGCCCAAAGAUUGGCCAAGAAAUGGUUGCAUUGAAUUUAAGAGAUUUUCAACUGCCUAUGGAUCAGAUAACAGACCAGUUCUUAAGGAUAUCACUUGUCGUAUAAAUGCUGGCGAAAAGGUGGCAAUUAUUGGCAGAACAGGCGCAGGAAAGACAUCGCUAGCACUGUCAUUGUUUCGCAUUAUUGAACCGAUUUGCGGACAAAUUUUAAUUGAUGGCAUAGAUAUUACUCGAAUUGGUUUACAGAAAUUAAGAUCACGGUUGGCAAUCAUUCCUCAGGAGUCAAUACUAUUUGCUGAUACAUUGCGAAAAAAUUUGGAUCCAUUGAGUUUAUAUUCUGAUACCCGAUUGUGGGCCAUAUUAGAUGUCAUUAAUUUGACUGAAUUUGUUGACACAUUGCCCGAUAAAUUAAACUUUGAAGUGACUGAAAAGGGCGAUAAUUUGAGUGCCGGUCAAAGACAACUUAUAUGUUUGGCCAGAGCUUUGUUGCGAAAGCCAAAGAUAUUGGUUAUGGACGAAGCCAUGAGUUGUUGUGAUAUAGAAACGGAUCAAUUGAUUAGGAAAGUAAUUUGGGAACAGUUGGCUGAUAGUACUGUUGUUUCAAUAGUACACCGAUUGAACACAAUAACCGAUUUCGACAAAGUAUUGGUUUUUGAUUUCGGUUCACUUAUCACAUGUGAUUCACCAAAUAAUUUGCUACUAAAUACUGACUCAAUCUUCCAUAGUAUUGCAAAAGAGACUCAAAUUAUUUAAAAAAUAUUU